UUUUUUUUUCUCUUUCCAAAAGCGGCUACCAGAAAUGAUCAACACAAAUAAGGGAAUAAGAGCGACGUCUAUCCACGCAGGCUGAAAGUGUAAAUCUCUCCAAAAUGAGCUCCUACGUUGACAGCUGCAGUGUGAGGCAAGCGGGCGAGACAAGUUCUGCCAUGUUUGGCUACGGCGCGGCGGGGCGAGGACCCAGCCUGUGCCACGGAGGUGUCAGCGUGGGCGCCGUGUUUACGCGUCCCGUCCCCGCUGCCGGCUCGCUACGACGGGACGACAUGCAGGCGAGCCUGAGAGGGAGCCCGAUGGUGUCCGCGGGACCUCACAUGAGCUCCGACCCGUGCGGCAGCACCGUGGGGCUGCUGGCGGACAGAGCCCCAGAGAGGGGCGUCAAAUCCGGCGUCAGUCGGAGUCAGGAAGGCGGCAGAAGUGCGGAAAACGCGCAAAUGGCCAACGGCGGCCAGCAGCAGCAACAACAGCAGCACAGCGAGCAUGGACCACAGAUUUACCCCUGGAUGACCAAACUGCACAUGAGCCACGAAUCGGAGGGCAAGCGCUCUCGGACCAGUUACACCCGCUACCAGACUCUGGAGCUGGAGAAGGAGUUCCACUUCAACCGUUACCUGAGCCGCCGUAGGCGCAUCGAGAUCGCGCACACCUUGUGCCUGAACGAGAGGCAAAUCAAAAUCUGGUUCCAGAACCGAAGAAUGAAGUGGAAGAAGGACAGUAAAAUGAAAGUGAAGGAAUAAAAAGUGCCCUGGGUGAGAAGCCAGCCUGACCUCCGGAUGAACUGCGGGCAGCAGUGACAUCAUGACACCGCCCUGCGCAGCUCUUCAUCACCAAUUAUGUGUCGCUCUUUGCAGUGCCGGGGACCUAAUAUAUCGAAUAUCACUCACAUUGAUCAAUUGGUUUACAUUACUAAAUUAAUUAGGCCGAUGCGACGAUGAGCCCACUUUGGAGGACAAGGGGUUGAGGGUCCACAAAGGCAAAACCACAUAAAAAAGUGUUGUAUUUGAAAGUGUGGUGCGUUCAAGUGAGCCCGUAUAUUUCGUGACUGACUGAAAUAUCUUUGUAGGCUAACUGUGUAUAUGUAACGUGUGAUGAUAUUGUGACGCGCAAGGAAACUAGACGCAUCAAUGUUGACU